AUUAAACAUGAUUUCUUAAAACAUUCUUUAUAACGACUAUAUUUUGAGAUUCAACGAUGUCUACUUGUAGGAAUUUAGACGUCGGCGUAUCUUUAAGGUGGUAUGCAUUGUGUAGGCAUUUUUCUACUAUUAAAAAAGUUACCCGUGGGAAUUUAGCACUAAAAAAUCGUCUUCUUAGCAACCAAUUAAAUGGAACUUAUGAUCCACCUAUACCCCCAAGCUCUGUUCCAUGCGAUGCUAAUUCUAACCAUCAUGGCUGGAAGCCUACAUCGGAUGAGACGGUACCUGGUUUCGAAGUACCCACGAGAUUCCGAAUAGGACUCCAUCAACAUACUUCAUCUGAUCGCAAGAUGAGCCUAUUCUACAGUCGUGACACAAAUUUUAACUAUACAUACACUGAUUACAGUGGCUUGCGCUUCCCGACGCUGGAUACAUCAGAGAACAAAGAUUACUGGAAAGAUACAGGCCUCAAUCGCUUACUACCUCGCGUAUUUCCCGUAAAGCUACCGACACAUCGCAAAAUUGAUCCCCUAAUGAGAGAAUAUAUAUUCUUUCUACAUAAUCUAGACCCACGUCGAUUUACUGUUCGGCGUAUAUCCGAGCGAUAUGGAUUUAAAGAAUCUACCAUUCUCAAGGUUAUAAAGGAGUUUAGCCUUCUCAAUUUCAUACUACACAAUCGUCUUUGUAACCCACAUGAUCGCCGGAUAACAUUAGAAGAGGCCAGAUUACAAUUGAAGGAACAAGCAUUUAGAGACAACUUGGGGUAUAUUCAUGUUAGCGAUGAAGUAGAUCAGGAAGAACACAGUUUCAAAGGGUUCGAAGAUACUGCUGACUGGAUUUAUCGUCAAUCGGUGCAGGUAGAAGGUCUUUCCGCAUUUCCUUUGCCUUCAACAAGGGAUCCAAUGCCAAAACGAGUUGAUGUUGACCUAACUGUAAAACAUAGCAAGCACUUAAAGGUCAUUAACUGGAUAGACCCUAGCGAUAAAGUUGUUUUCUAGUUACAACUA